CCCGCACACGGCACCCAUCCUGCCGCGUCCUGCGCCAGCUUAAUUGUGGUUGUGCUUCUGUGUGGUGAUGUGUACCGGGAAAUAGUACUGGCUCUAAUAAUCGCCUUGCUGGAUCCCAUCACGACGCUGUGACCCUUCAUAAAUAUGUAAAGCUGUUUUUCUACCAGUGAUCGGCCGUCGGCCCGGGUGAGAAAGGAUGCCAAAGGGAGGUGACCCGCUGUGUCCACUCGGCUUUCACCCACAGACCCGCUGGCCGAACAGGUGCAAGCGCUGCUUCAGAGAUUACAAUGACCACAAGGCAGUCAAGGAAGCUUCGGGCUCUACCACCUCCCUUAAUUCGCUAAGCAGUUACGACACUGGUACUACCAAACAAGACGAUGGCAAGGAUUCGAGUGGCUACGGCUCCAGGGAUUCCCUUGUGUCAUCCUCCAGAGUCAAGGAUGAGGUCGAGGGUUACAGAAGGACACGUUCCGACCUGACUCCGGAUAUUAUCGCCAAGGCCAACGAAGAGUACGACCGAGACCAAAGAGCUGCGUCCAAGUUAAAUUCAUGGGACAAGUCUCGACCGGUAUCAUGGUCAGCCCAAGACCUAAGGAAGGCCGUAGACGAUGCCAAGGAACAGAUUCGGUCUUCGAGAGAAGACCUCCACCGACUCUAUGGCAGCACCAAAUCGUUAUCUCAGGGCCUGGAUAGCGACCUCAGGGACAGCUCAAAUGACCUAUCCACGAAGAACGACUCAACCUUCUCCUUCUCCUCGUACCUGGCCAUGCGCACCAAGUCCCCCGCUCGGCCUCCGCUGGGCCGAACGUCCUCCUUGCAAGGCACCGCGUCCACGUCCUCGUCGGCGAGACGGAGCGAGGAGGAGGCCACCCCAUCCAUCAAGGAGGAGAAGGAGAAGGAGACGAAGAGCUAUUCGAGUUAUUCGAGUUAUUCGAGCGAAAGCAAGAGUUCGAGGCCCUCCUCUCUAGCGCCCAUUUCGGAGGCGAAGUCGAGCCGCCUGUCGACGGAGGACAAGAGCGACAAGGCGGAGGCCAACGGGAAGCCCCCGAAGCCUCCGUCGCGACUCAAACUCUCGUCCAAGCUCCUGGACAUCAAGGAGACGCCCAGGGAAGAAAAGCCCAAGAAAAAUAUCUUAAGUCUGAAGGGCGAAGGAUACGGGAGCGGUUCAGAGGUGAAGAGCGAGGAUGACUCCGCCGACGCCACCUACGUCAUCAAGUUGGCCAAACCGAAGAAGGAGCCGAAGAAGGUGGAGAUCGACCUCCAGUCCGAGCUCGAGCGCGUGCAGCAAGAACUCAAGGAGAAGAACAAGGAGAUCAAGGAACUCGAAGAACGCACCGAUAGGCUGGAGAGCGAGAACAAGGAACUCUCGGCGAAGAAACCCAAGUUCGGGGACGUCCGGAAGCACACCGAGCUCUCCAAGUUGCAACAGAAGCUCGACGACCUCAAUGACGAAAUGAAGAGCAAGAAUAAGGAAGUGAAAGACCUGAAGAAGGAGAUAGACAAACGGCCGUUGCCAAAGGACGUGGAAAAAACCAUGGAGGACUUGAGAUCGAAGCUCCAGGCGGCAGAGCAGCUGUGCGAAGAACUGAUGGACGAAAACGAAGAUUACAAGAAGGAAGUCCGCGCGCUCGAGGAGGAGAUCGAGGAGAUGCAAGACAACUUCAGGGAGGAGCAGGCGGACGAGUACAGAGACCUCAAGCGGGAACUCGAGCAGACCGCCAAGAACUGCCGCGUCCUGCAGUUCAAGCUCAAGAAGGCCGAGCGGCGCUCCGAUACGCUGGAGCGGGACAAGGGCGAGAUCGAGGAUAAGUUGAAGGAACUCCAGGUCGGCGAAGGAGACGUUGACCGCUCGGAGAAGGUCAAGACACUGGAGAAGGAGGUCAAUCUGGCGAAGGAGGUGUCCAUGAAGAUGCACGAGGAGAUGGAGAAGAUGAAGAGGCAGCUCGAGGAAGCGGAGAAAGAUAAGAAGAAACUCACGGAACAGUGCAAUGAUAAGCCUAUUAGACCGGGAGGAAAAUACAGCCGAUCGCAGCUGAUGGCUCGCCAAGGCAGCCAGGAUAACACCGACCAGCUGCUCCGCGACCUCAAAGAUGCUGGGGAGCGCGAGCAGGACCUGAAGGACCAGCUGAAGUUCGCCGAGGAGGAGACCAAAAACCUGAGGAAGAAGCUAUCUCGCGUCGAGGAGGAGAACGAGACCCUGGCGCUGCAGCUGAAGAAGAUGACCACCAAGGCUAAGGCCAACCGACAGAGGUCCCUCGAGCGCUCGGGAUCUCUGGAGCGCUCGAGUUCCGUGGAGCGAGGAACACUCAGCCGCCAGGGGUCCACCGAGAAGCCGUCGGCGAAGGAACCCGACGAAGGAAUCACCGAAGAUCUCGACCCGACCGAACUGAAGAUUCAACUGGAGCUGAACGAGCAGGAAGCCGCUGUUUUGAGACGAAAGGUGGAGGAUCUGGAGAGCGAGAACGAGCGCCUUCAGAAGAACAUCAAAGAAGUCCUCUCCACCACCGACUCCAAAUCCAGAAAGGCUGACGUGCCUCUCGACAUCAAGAAACUGGAGAAGGAAAUGGAAAUCCUCAAGACAAGAGUCGAACAAACGGAAACAGAAAACGAGAAGCUGAGUGAUGAAAACAAGAGACUGCAGCUGAAGGCCGUGAAGCGUCUCCCUCUGACGGGCGGCGAGACAAGCUACAUCGAGAGACAGGUGAUGGAGGACAAGGUGCGGCGUCUGGAGAAGAAGUUGAAGGAGGCGACCACCAAGCUGAAGGACGCCCAAGUGAACGCCGCAGUGGCCGGAGGCGAGCUCGAGGGUAAGGCCGGGGAGGCUGGAGGCGUCGCUAGCAAGAAGCUCAUGGACGAAGUGAAAGAGAAAGAUAAUGCAAUCGGGGAUCUGAAAAAGAAAGUCGAUAGCUUACAAGAACAGUACGAUAAGGUGCGAAAAGAGUGCGAUGACAUGAAAAACGCUUCGGCUUACAAAGACCGGACUCCCAAGAAACCCAGAGACCUGACGCCCAAGUCCACUCUAGUAAAAUGGGUUGACGAAUUAGAGACCGAGUGCGCCACGCUCAAUGUGAAACUUAAGUUCAUGGAAAUUGAGAAACAAGUCUUAGAGGAAAUGACGCAAAGGAAACGAGAUCCGAAUAACGCCGUCGAUGGCGAAAUGUGCCACCUGCUCUUUGCCGAGAACGAGAACCUAAAAUCGCACUGCAAGUUCCUCAAAGACAAAGCCGACGCCAAGGAAGCCGAGACCCGGCAGCAGAGACGUAGAGUGAGGGAGCUCGAGGGAGAGAGGGAGAAAAUGGAGGAGCAGAUGAAAGGUUAUAAGGAGAUUGAGCAGAAAGUCGUUGAGGUACUGAACUCAGAGGAAAGAGCGUAUAAGAGGGCCUCGGAAUACACGCCCAAAUCAGCCCUAAGACAAAUGGUAGACGAACUGAAUCGCGAAUGUGGUAAGUCUGUUUACCAACAACACAUCAGCACGAUGACCACCUCUUGUGACGAGAACAAGGCAUCCACCCACCACAUCACCCUCCUCUCCUCCGCAGGAAGAACAACAAGCGAGGAUGACAUCAGACGCUACGAGGAGAAGGUCGAGUCCCUCAAGAAGGAAGUGGCCAAGGAGAAGGAGCGCUACGACGACCUCAAGACCAAGGUCGGGGACGGCAAGACGGUCGGCUUCGAGGAGCUCCGGUCCGCCCAGUCCGAGAAGCACAGACUCCAGAAAGAGCUGUCGACGGCGCAGCAGACGACGGAGGUGCUGGAGAAGAAGCUCAAGGAAGCGGAGGAGAACCUCAGACUCGCGGAGAAGGCGGAGAGGAAAUCGAAAUACGUGUUGGAACAGCUCGAGUCAAAGCUGGAGGAAGAGAAGAACAGCCUGACCGCGGCCGAAGAACGCCAGAAGGAAAUGACCAUGUCUUGGCUGAGGGAGCGGGAGGACCUGAAGAAGGAGAUCACGGAGGCCAAAAAGACCAAGGAGAAGGCGGAGAGGGAGCUCCGCACGGCCAAGAAAUCGCGCGACCAGAUGGAAACCAUGAUGGAGGAUGAGAAGAGACGCACGGAAGACGUCUCGGCGACCAAGAAGAAGGAUGCUGACGAGAUCAAGAGGCUGAAGGCGGACAAGGAGGGAUUGUCACGCGAGGUCGAUGAGCUGAAGGAUGCUGUCAAUAAGCUCGAGAAGUCAAAGGAGAACGUAAACUACAAACAAAAGCGAGACAUGGAGAACUUGCGGAAGGAGAAGGAGGACCUUGAGAUCCGCAUGACCACCCUGGAGAGUGAGCUGAAGUCGGAGCAGAAGCGGCGCGAGAGGCUGGAGAAGGACUCGGAGAGGGGCAGCUCAGUUGUUGGCUAUGCUGCAAGAAAGUCCGAGACCGAAGCUAAGAAACUGAAGACCGAGCUGGAGAACGUGAAGAAGGAGUAUGACGAGAAGAUCAAAGAACUGGAAAAACAGAUGAAGAAGGAAAAAGAGGGACGUGAAGAACUCCAGAGCAAAUACGACCUCUUGGAGGAAGACUACGUCGUGCAGAAGGCUCAGAUGACGGUCGGCAUUGAGGAUGACUACCAAGCCCUCAAGAAGGACCAUGACACGAUAGAGAUCGAACUGAAGACGUUGCGGGAAACCUACAACAUAAGACAAGACACUUGGAUCAAGGAGAAGCUCGACAUGCAGGAGCAACUUAAAGACCUGGAGAAUCGCCUCAACAAGGUGUCCAUCGACCCGACGUCGUACUCGGAGAAGAAGCGACUCAAGGACAUCAUCGAGGACAAGAACCAGCAGAUCGAGAAACUAAGGCGCGACGUCGACGGCGUCAAAGACCAGGCGUCCUUCUACAGGAGAGAGUCUGAGGAGCUUCGGCGGAAAGUGGACGACUUGGAGAAGCUGAACGAGCUGAACGAGAGGCGGACGAACUCGCUGAGCACGGCGGACAAGACGUCCUUCGACACCACCAUCAGAGAACUGAGAUCGAGACUCUCAGCCUCGGAGAAGAACUACAAGACCGAGCUGACGAAGAUCAAGAUGAAGUACGACUCGAAGCUCAAGGCCAUGACCGAGGAAGUGUCCACCCUGACGCAGCACAUGACCAAGUACAGGAGGGAGAGAGACACUUACAAGGAGAUGCUGGACGGAGCGCAGAGGAACAUCGCCGAACUCAAGGGGAACGUCACUUACAGGACCUCGCGGGCUGACAACGCAACGGAGAUCGCGGCGGUCCAGCGUGUGGCCGACCUCAAGGCGCAACAGCAUCUGAUCGAGACCCAAGAACUGCAGUCACAGAUCACGGAGCUCGAGGACAAGCUGGCCGACUCCCGCCUCGAGAGCACCAAGAUCAAGAACGAGCUCGUCGACCAGAAGACCAACUUCGAGAUCCAGCUGUGCGACCUGCAGACGAAGCUCAACGAGUACGAGGAGGACCGUCUACUGGUAGGCGGAAGCAGGCGCGUACCGGGCCUCAGGACUCGCCUCGAACUCAACUGGCAGAAGGAGCGCGAGGAGCAACAGAGGCUCAUUCAGGAGACAGCCACACUCGCCAAGGAUCUCAGGCAGACGCUGUACGAGGUGGAGCGCGAGCGAGACCUGGAGCGGCUGGAGGCCAAGAGGAAGAUCGAGCAGCUCAAGAAGACGGUGGGCCAAGGAGACGUCCGACACCAAGAGCAAAGUGCAGGAGGUAAGAGGGAAACCCUGGCGGCUGCUCUUCAACGCGACCUGAUGGAGCUGCGAGAAGCCCACGCGAAGCUCCGUCAGAUCAACGAGAAACUCCGGCGCGAGAAGGACCGGACGGAGGUGGAGCGCGAGGCCAUGAGGGACAAGUACCUGGGCUCCUCCAGGGACAACCUCAACCAGGCGGCCAAGAUGGAGAGGCUCACGGAAGAGAUGAAGAAGGUAAAGGACCUCGCGCCGCUCGUUCUUGGGGAAGGCAUUGACGGCAGAGACAGCUCGCUCACCAGACUACCUGGCGACCCCAAACCGAAGACGAAGGAGGAAUUCACAGACUCCCUGAAGAGGGCGUGCCGGACUAUGGAGGAGAUGAAGAGAAUGAUGAAUCUCAUGGACGACAGAGACCGGCUGAAAAGGGCGCCGUCCUUCCGAAGAGCGCUAUCGGUGGAGGACAGCGAAGACGAGGGGCCGCCCUCACGCCCACGCAGCGCCCAGAGAGGCUCGCUACGCCCACGCGGCCACAAGUCCUCGCUCUACCGGAAGACACAAUCCCUCGAUCACCAGAUGGCGGAGGACAGGGGCAAGAUCUGGGUCUCGACGGACGCCGGCAGCACGACCAGCAUCGACUCCACCCUGACGGACGACCUGCGCAGAGCAAAGUACGACCGCGACGUCUCCCUGGACAGGAUCUCCACGGGCUCCCAGACAAGUGACCUGGAUCCUCUCGGCGACAAGAAGAGAAAGGGAAUCAAAGGAAUGAUUUCGAAGCUCACCAAGUCCCGCUCUAUCGAAGAAUCGGCCACGGGAGGUUCCAUCGUGGGCGCCGGGGUCAAGGCGAUGGGCGUGGGCGUGGGCGGGUCCGGGAACGACAUCCCGAGCGACGUCGAGAAGGACUCCGUCAAGGGGAAGCUGAAGGGCCUCUUCAAGAAGGGGCCGCCGUCGAGAUCGCAGAGCGUUGACAGAGCAGACGGGUCAAAUGUCAAGAAAAUCGCCAGUUCCUAUGACUAUGACACUGCUUCAAUGGCAUCGAACACCUCCCUGGAGAGUAACACGAGCGCCAACAUCCCGCCGGUCAUGAGAAGAUUCCGAGGGCGCAGCCAGCACGGCGCCAUGACCAAAGCCCAGUCUUUCACCGCCAUCGGGCGCCAGAGCUCUCUGGAGACCGACGUGUGAGCAGCAGCAGCGCCCUCGGCAGGCCCAGCCUUGCAUGGGAACGGCCCAGGACCAAUCCAAGGAAGGAGGGCUUGGUGAGACAAGAGGCCGAGAGCCAGCAGUCAACGCUCCUUCCCCGUGCAUGAGAAUUCUUAGGGAGAAGAAAACAAGGUCUUAGAAGAAACCUUGAGAUCUCAGGAUGUGUAAACAUAGACACAAGACGGGGCUCCAGCCGUGACCGAACCAUGUUACAAAUUGAAUGGUGUUCACACGGACUUGGUUAUGAAGUUCCAACGGAACUGUUUACUGGUGUUAUUACAUAGGUUACUGUGUUGAGGGUAGUCAUCACAAACCACUUUUACACUUAAACGUUUCUUUUCAUUUAGAAAGUUAGUUAGCCAGCUCUCCGUGUCUACCAGACCUGUGGCUGGUUUCCACACAUGAAUUUACUCACAUCACGGUCUUCCAUGGUGCUGACACUGUUAAAUGACAACGCUCGCUAGAUGUACAGAAUCCUGCCCUUGCCUGUUUAUUUCUACCCGCUAGAACCUGGGUAUGCUGCUUGCUCGGACGGGAACUCCACGUUUAGAUCAAAGUAUGAUGAAGUUGGUUAAUACAAUAGAGGUGUUUUCAAUCAACAACUACAGUAUAUAAAAAAAUCGGGAGUUCCUGUUCAAAAGGCGACGGAUCCUUGCAUAUGCUGGGCAUCCUGCAUUAGCCUUUCCGAGCACGGCAGUCAACCUCAAUUCCUGGCGGGUAAGAAGCCUGUAUAUUAGGGAGGCUCGAGUCUUCCGGCCUCGGGAUUAUUCAUGUAUAAUUACUAUAGUUAAUCAAGAACACUGAGUUCAUCGUAUUUCAAGAAGAGACUACAUUCUACAGCCGAUUAUGAAUGUUUGUUAUCCUCACGGUGGAUGCAGGCAACGUCUUGGACAGGAGCCAAUGACCGCCGUAAAAAUGUGGUUAAAACACAUAAAAAUCAAAAAAGUUUUUUUUUUCAGUUACGAUUAAUAUAGAUUAUUAGAAGACCAGAUAACAAUUCUUAUAAGGUGCUAUAAUCCUACAAGGGGCGAUAUUUCUCUAGUCAGAGGGUUCCUGUCCUUCCCAAAAAACCUGUUACUCGGUGGUGUUAUCAUUUGUCUAUAAUGGAUGUACUUUGCCCUUUCGUUGUCUGUUUCACAUAUCAUGUCAUGUUUUGUUCCGUCUUGCUGUAGUGCCACAACGAGUUUAUUAUUGUCGAGAAAUUCUUUCUUCUUACAAAUUAUUUAGAACGUGGAGGUAAAGGCGCCUGUCAUAGUUACAGUCUCUGUUGUAUUCACUAUUUCGACAUUAAAGAGCUGUUUAUCAAGAAAGCAUGUAUCAUAUGAUUAUAUUUUUUAAUCUCCCUGUUGAAAAUGCUGUUCACCAGACCGUUGUUUAAUAGACAGGUUAUAAAGUUUCGGCUUUGUAACUUUAGCCCAACACGUUUUAUGUUCUUCUUCUAUUUCCAACUUGCAAGUUUCUCGUCCCUUUCCAUUCUUUUAAGGUAAUGGUACAUGUGAUCAAGAAACUUGGCAGUGAAGUUCCUAGUCAUUUUCUAACUAGUCAUUGAAUCAUCGUUUGCAUCACGUGCGUAACUCAUUUACCAAUAACAAACUCAAGGCAAACAAUCCUGCUCCGUGUACAGAUAAUUUACUCAACCCUGGUAUGGAGAUGGUGGUUUCUGGCCGGGCAUUGCAUCUGAAGGAAUUUGCUUAGGAAAAUCUAGAACAUCCACAUCAUGGAUACCUUUUGCAUGCAGGCUGGCGCCACCAUCUUCAUAUUGGCAUAUGCAUCACCUGUUAUCUUGACAGUACUCACCGUGUAUAUAUUGUAAACAAGGUCUUCUCUUAUCCUGAUGAAAAUGUUGCAUGGAUAAAUGAAAUUAGAAGGAUUUUACAAUCAAUUAAAUGUUUUAUUUACAAA